UCGCAUCGCAGCAGAGAUUCCCUCUCACCCUCAUUACCACCUCUUCCUCCGACUCGACUCCACGACCUUUCCACAUCUGCUUGCUUGCCCAACAUGGCCACGCUUCCCGUGAUGCGAGCGCCCGUGGACUACAAGGCUGAAGGGGAAAAGAUCAACGAAUUCCUCUCUCACUUCAAGGGUCUUGUGCCCACGCAGAGGCAACAACGUAAAGCGAUGAUGGCGAUGGAUGAUUCGGAUGAUGAUGGCGAGGGCGAUCUGGAGGAUGGACUCGAUGGCAUGGGUAUUGGAUCGUCUUCGAGGAAGGAGAAGAACGGCUUCAAAUAUCGCGAGCAGCUUCAGAGAAUCGCAAAUCGCGAGCAGGACUCCCUCGUCAUCGACCUCAAUGACGUGGGCAAAUUCAAGUCGACGCAGAGCACCGAGUCAGGACUGCGACUUGCCCACUCGAUCAUGGAGAACACGCGACACUACACCGACCUCUUCUGCAGAGCCGUCGAUAAACUCAUGCCAGAGCCGACAAAGGACAUCUCACACAAGGACGACGUUCUCGAUGUGAUCAUGCACCAGCGAAGAGAACGCAAUGCACGCGCAGCUCAGGGUCUCGAGUCGUCUUCUGGGCCAUCAGCAGAGGAAGAGUCCCAAGUAGCGCCAUCAGCAGAGGGUGAAUUGCCCUUUCCCCCUCAGCUUCUGCGUCGGUAUCAGCUCUACUUUGCACCGCUGCGCACUACGCCGCACUUGGCAGUACGCGCAGUCAAAGGUGCUCACCUAGGCAAGCUCAUCUCUAUUCGAGGCAUCGUUACGCGCGUCUCCGAAGUCAAGCCAUACCUUGUCGUCGAUGCAUACUCGUGCGACAACUGCGGCGCAGAGAUCUUCCAGGAAGUCGCAGGUCGGUCCUACAUGCCUUUGCAAGACUGCCCUUCGCUCAAGUGCAAGACUAAUGGCGUCAAGGGCCCCUUGUUCCAGCAAACGCGAGCCUCCAAGUUCGUGCCCUUCCAAGAGGUCAAGAUUCAGGAGAUGGCAGACCAGGUGCCCGUUGGCCACAUCCCUCGUAGCAUGACCGUCCACCUGUAUGGGCCUUUGACUCGGUCUCUCAACCCAGGCGACGUCGCCGACGUGGGCGGCAUCUUCCUCCCCACCCCCUACACGGGCUUCAAGGCUGUGCGAGCAGGUCUUCUUACCGACACAUACCUAGACGCGCAACACGUACACCAGCUCAAGAAGCAGUACGACGCUAUGGUUAUGACGCCCGAGAUUGAAGAAGCAAUCGCAGACCUCAAGGACGACCCGGCUCUCUACCCGAAGUUGGCCGCAUCCAUCGCACCGGAGAUUUACGGUCACGAAGACGUUAAGAAAUGCCUGCUUCUCCUCCUCGUAGGUGGAGUGAGCAAGACGGUCGGUGACGGAAUGAAGAUUCGCGGUGAUAUCAAUGUGUGCCUCAUGGGUGAUCCGGGAGUCGCCAAGUCGCAGCUGCUCAAGUACAUUUCCAAGAUUGCGCCACGCGGCGUGUACACGACUGGGCGUGGAAGCUCUGGCGUUGGAUUGACGGCAGCCGUUAUGCGCGACCCGGUCACGGACGAGAUGGUACUGGAGGGAGGUGCCCUUGUGCUGGCCGAUAACGGCAUUGCGUGCAUUGACGAGUUCGACAAGAUGGAAGAGUCAGACCGAACAGCCAUUCACGAGGUCAUGGAGCAGCAGACGAUCAGCAUCAGCAAGGCGGGAAUCUCCACCACACUCAAUGCUCGCACCUCGAUCCUCGCCGCAGCGAACCCGCUGUACGGCAGGUACAACCCUCGCGUCUCACCGGUGGACAACAUCAAUCUGCCCGCCGCCCUCCUCUCACGUUUCGACGUGCUCUUCCUCAUCCUCGACACACCCUCUCGCGACGAUGAUGAGCGUCUGGCACAGCACGUUGCCUAUGUCCACAUGCACAGUGAGCACCCGCCCAUUGAGCACGACCCUCUUGACCCGCAGGUCAUGCGUCAUUACAUCGCCCUCGCCCGCCAGAAGCGGCCGACGGUGCCCAAAGCAGUGAGCGAGUACGUCGUUGCCGCCUACGUCAAGUUGCGCGCGCAGGGCAAGGAAGACGAGGAGCGCGAUGCGGCCUACUCGUACACAUCUGCUCGUACGUUGCUCGGCGUUUUGCGCCUCAGUCAGGCGUUGGCGCGUCUGCGCUUUGCCGACGUGGUUGACGUCAAGGACGUGGACGAAGCUCUGCGUCUCAUGGACGUUAGCAAGGCCUCCCUCCACGCGGACGGACACAAGCGCAGCAAAGACGACGAAGUGGCCGACCAUUCGCCCAUCUCGAAGAUCUACCGCAUCAUCCGCGACAUGGCAAUGGCUGCUGCAGCCGAGUCGGCUGAGAGUAUGGAGGUGGACGACAACGAGGCUUCGAUGGCUUCGCGAUCCGGGCCUGGGGAGCUGCUUAUGAGAGAUGUGAGGGAUAGGAUCUUGGCGAGUGGGUGGGUUGAGGAUCAGCUUCAGGAGUGCCUGAGGGAGUAUGAGGAUCUGGGCGUGCUGCAGGUGACGGGCAACCGUCUCGUCUUCUUAUGAUGCGCGACUUGUGCUACUAUGCAUGCUUUGCACGUUGCCAUUGCUCUUCUCUUCCUGUUGUCACUAGCCUCUUUCGAAUACGAUUCGAUAACGAUAUCAAGAU